AUGUCCUUUCCGGCCAGUUCAGGAUCGGGUAUUCGCCGAAAAUUGGUGAUUGUGGGUGAUGGGGCUUGUGGAAAGACGUGUCUGUUAAUAGUAUUCUCGAAGGGCCAAUUCCCGGAAGUUUACGUCCCGACGGUCUUUGAAAAUUACGUAGCUGACGUGCAAGUUGACGGACGCAACGUUGAGCUGGCACUUUGGGACACUGCUGGUCAAGAGGAUUAUGAUCGACUAAGGCCUUUGUCAUAUCCAGAUUCGAACAUAGUGUUGAUAUGUUUUUCCAUUGAUUUGCCGGAUUCUUUGGACAACGUGUUGGAAAAAUGGAUUGCUGAAGUUUCGCAUUUUUGCAAAGGAGUGCCUAUCAUCCUUGUAGGCUGUAAGGUAGACUUGAGGGAGGACUUUCAAACUUUGGAGUCACUGCGGACCACGGGCCAGCAACCAGUGACAAUUGCGGAAGCACAAGAAGUGGCUAACAAGAUCGGCGCCGCUUCAUACUACGAGUGCUCUGCAAAAACUGGCUACGGAGUCCCCGAGGUUUUCGAAGCUGCCACCAGGGCGGCAAUCGCGGGGCAGCCCCUGUCGAAGCAAUCGAAGCCGGGAACGGGUAAAAAGAAAAAGUGUGUGGUGCUUUGA